UUCAUGCAGAGCUUGAGAUUGUUCAGCGUGAGAUUCGAUGCCAACUGCGAGAGUAUUCUGGCAAACCCAUCUUCCUAAAUGGAUCAUCUCUAAUCAUGACCUGGAGCAAUCCUAAAUCCCUAAUCCUUCCAAUCCAGGAUGACUAUAAACCCAGAGGAAUUCCUCCGGGAUUAAACCUUCUUCCCCAAAAGGAGAUGUAUACGAAUUUGCCCUGGACUCUUUCAGCAUCUCGCGUAACGUUUUAAUCCUUCUUUUUAAUGUUCACCAAAUUGGCAACUUCCCCAGGAUUCCGGACCAUCGAAGUUGGAUAUGGGCCUACUCCGCAGGAUGGAAAGGCCAAGAAGACAAGAGAUUGUACACUAAUACUACUGCUUGCUGUUAUCGUUCCCGUCCGAGGAUUUCCUAUGGAUACCCAGUCUUACGGACUCUUUUUUCUUUUCCUUUGUUUUCUGAACUCGGCCUCUCGGAGCGAUGAACGGCUUUUUAUGCUUUACUCUUUUUUUUUCUUUACUUUUUCUUUUUUUUUUUCCUUUCGGCUAUUCAAAAGAAAGAUUCCUUUAUGGGCGACCUGUACUACCACCAAUGAACACGCGGAGGAGACACCGAGACACGGGGCAUUUUUCCAUCUAGAGAUACCCAGCGUUAUCAUUUCGGGCGCGUCGCGAGCAGGAGAGGAGGAGCGGAACAAAAAAUUGGCGACGACAAGGUGGCGAGGUUGUCUGUUUUACAUGACUUUUUUCUUUUUCUUUUCUUUCAAUGUCUUCGGUUUAAUGCGCUGUGGCAAUAUGGAUUUAUUACAGAGUGAUUUUUCUUUUCAGAAAUUGGGAACUUCUAGAUGGAGAAUUUUAGUAUACUGCACAAUGAUGAUGGUUUUGGUUUAUGAGCGCGAAUAUAUUUUUAUCCCCUCUAUUACAUAUUACUUUCAGUGUCCAUUUCAUGUAUGUGAUGCCAUGUUAAUGACUUCUACUGCAGCUAUUUAAUUUCUGCUGUAGGCUUUUUGUGGAGUGGUGAGUAGGGGCCAUGCCCUGCAUGCAGGUCUGGUGGAUAGAUGUCUUGUUAGUUUUAUGUAAAUCUCUGGAGGCUGCAAAUGGAUACACACGAUACAUAUCCUUAUGGGGCAAUGACGUCC